UGUGAGGAAGGUACUGUAACUACCAAAGUCAAACAAACAUGGCGACUGAAUCGGUACCCGACCUUAGAGAAAAACUUCAUAAGUCUUCGCAUACUCAAAAAGAGUAUGGGAAGAAAACCGGCAUUAAAUGUAAGCCGCUGCAGUCCCACGUCCAUAAAGCGACACCUCGUUCAAAGUACGAUGAUUUAGACACAGAGCAACGUGAAGAAGAACUCCAGAGGGUCAAAGGAGGCAUCGAGCAGCAUCGUCUUUUCUCCGAGAAGCAAUGCAAAGAAAUUGAAAAGAAAAUAGACAAAGUUGUGAAGAUAAGCGAUCUUGGACUGUACAAAGAACACACUGUGGACAGAGCGCCUCUCCGAAAUAAAUACUUCUUUGGAGAAGGAUACACUUAUGGAUCACAGUUAACGAAAAGAGGACCUGGAAAUGAGCGUCUGUACAGUAAAGGAGAUGUCGAUGAGAUUCCUAGCUGGAUUCACCGUUUAGUUGUCCGUCCCCUCUGUGAGUCGAAUGUGAUUCCAGAGGGCUUUGUGAACAGUGCAGUUAUCAAUGAUUAUAAGCCUGGAGGGUGCAUUGUGUCACAUAUUGACCCACCACACAUAUUUGAAAGGCCAAUAGUUUCUGUGUCGUUUUUCAGUGAAAGCGCUCUCAGUUUUGGUUGUAAGUUCUCCUUCAAGCCCAUUCGUGUGUCCAAGCCUGUGCUUACAUUGCCUCUCUCAAGAGGCUGUGUAACAUUAUUAAGUGGCUAUGCUGCAGACCAUAUCACUCACUGUGUCAGGCCAGAAGAUGUUGUAACACGCCGAGCUGUGAUCAUCUUAAGAAGGGUAAGAGAUGAUGCCCCGAGACUUAUCCCACCCCCUGAGGUGACUUCUCCUUCCCGCAAAAGAAACAUCUUGCCCUCUGGUGACAGCAGUUCCGACAGUGAGGAUAACGAGAACCAGUCGUCAAGUUCCAGUAGUGAUGAGAGUUACAAGCCUGUAAAAGUCAGUUCAAAAGUUAUUUGUCUGUCAGACGAUCUGAACCUGAAAGAGGGAAAAAGCAGCAUGCAGAGUUCACCGAAGCACGUGAAGAGGUAGCCAUUUACAAGUGGUUUGAUUUCUUUUUUGUUUCACCCUUGUUUAAUCAACAAAAAAAGCAAAAAUGCGAAAUAUGAUUUGUAUGUAUAUAUCUGCAUAUUUAUUGCACAAAUAUCGUCUCUGCUACAUAGCUAUAACAUGGACACAUUACAGGUAGUUAUUGAUCUCAGUUAACACGCCGUCAAGGUGAAAAGUUAAUUAGCAGCGAGGAUAUAUAUAUUUUUUUUUAGUUUGGGAUAAACAGCGAAAUUGGGUGUUUUGAGCUUCAGUAAUCUGUCUCUAUUGUUCUUUUUUGCAAAACUUGAAGCUCAUGUGUAAGUUCAUAUUUUCUGGCAAAAUGGGUUGUUCAUUGAUGAAUCAGUAAUUUUUUUAUUUUCAGUAAUUUACUUUGCGUUAACAUAAUUCUAUUUUGUCCUUGGAUUAGCUGAGAUUGAGAAGCUUUGUAAAGAAACCACAAUGUUUUUCCAAUUAUGUUCAUAGAUGUUUUAUUGAGCUUCAUCUUGUUUAAUGGUUUGUAGAUUUAAAAAAAAAUGUAUUCUAUUUUUUCAUUAAAUAUAUAUGCAUUAAAAUCAUACCAUGAUGAAUGAUGGAUAGCUUGUUACGUGGCCUUUUCCAGUCGUGCGCAUAAUACUAAAACCAAAGCUAACGUUGUAAUUUGUACAGAGCUAAUAUGUUUCUAAGUUGAUAGUUUUGAUGUUAUUUGCAAAGGGAUUUUGUAACAACUAACCAGGAGAGCAAGAAAACUUUGUAGAUCUGAAAAAGGACUGGUGUUUCAAAAUCUGACAUUGUCCCCCUCCCAUACUCCCAGCUUGGCUGUCUCGUUCCUGUCUUAUGUUCACAGCAGCAAGCUUGUUUUUCGUUCUUGUUUGUUUCUUGUUUAGUGAAACUAGGGUAUAACUAAGUGUUAGGGCCUGACUUUCAAGUUCGUUGAAUCCAAUUAAGAAAGGUGUGACUAGGGUGAACAUUUUGAAAUCGAUAACGAUGGGGAUAUCUGUUCUGAUUGUGUUACAAUGGGAAUUAAGGAAUGAACCAAAAACAGUGCCCCAAAGUGUUUGCUUCUAAAUUCUUUGAAUAGUUUCAUCCAUUGGCACAACCACUGAACAAAGGGAUUGGGCUUGAACAAGAUUUACCUUUUUUUUAACUUUUUGGGGGAACCACGCGAGAACUUAAAAAGCUUUGUCAACAUGUUCAAGCACAGUGUUCGUUGUCUCAUCAGUUUACGUGUUUCUUGGUCAUCGGCUGCUCUUGUCGUUGAAUCCAUGUUCGUUGUAUCUGGGUUUCACACCAUACUCAGUUAUCUGCCGCAGAUGUCUUGCUUAGCUUCCUAAUGUUUAGAUUUAGAUUAUGCAGGUUAUUCUCGAACCUUACCUGAUCUUUCAUCAUACAUGUAAGGGCAUGGGGUGUCUUAAUUUUGAUAAAUCUUGAGUUAAUGUAUGUCUACAAUGAGAAGCACAAAGAAUAGAAAAGCUUUAAGGUUGAAAAAUGUACACUCAGUAGGCCUACUGCCAAAAUAAUUUAUCAACUUUUUUACUUCAUGUUCCCAAGAUUCCUGUUAUUCAAACCAACCGACCUACAUUUAAAUGAGCACUAAAACAGUCUGCUAUGAGUGUUAGAUUAUAUUAGGGUGUUUUCCACUCUACUGUGACAAAACAAAACUGUUGUUUUCCGAGGUAUCAUUUCAGACAGGGAAUCCCUAAUCAUCCUAAUGACUAAUGCGGACAGCUGUGAACAAAUGAUGAGCGCAUAUAUGGAAUUCUAUGUGCAGUUCGAAAUGAGUUAAAGUUAGUCAGUAUUCUCAAGAUUAAAAAUUGCCAUUGAAAAUGCUGUGCUUUAUGGUACCUUUUUACUUUUGAAUCUCAGCUGAAAACUCUGAAAUACCAUUAUAUAGUCAGUCUUAAGAUCGGCAAGCGACUACUUCUUUUCGGGUAGCAUGAUCUUUUUGAGAGGAAUUUUGUUUUUGUAUUGUCUCAAUUGUUUCUAAAGUUGAGGCCCAUUUUGCCUUCUGCACUCUUGAAAUUUGCCGUAGUCUUGUCAUUGUAAUGGGUGCUCACAGAAUAAGUUUGCAGAGUCCCUGGGUAUUGUAAAACCUCAGUAUCAAAAUGAAGUUUUCAAUCCAGGGGUGGAUAAAGAAUGAUAUUAUAUCUCAGCUGUCAUAAACUAAGUAUUUGUCCUCUGGACUUAACGAUUGUUCUUAUUAGCUGUGUUAUUGUGUAUCUGAAAAGUCAGGAAAACACUCUUGUUUCUCUUUGUACGUUCAUAGGUAUUUGCAUUUUCACCCAAACAAAUCUUAUGUAUGAUACCAAAAUGAUAGUGUUCUCGUGCUGUGAAUUCCUUGCAGAUAAAAUUGUUUGUUCUGUAAUCUAUAAAUAAGGUGAACAUUUUUUUGUGUGGUGCAGGGUGCAUUAUAUUGCAUAAUAAAACAGUAAGUGUACAUUAUUGUAUUUUCUCAAUGUCUAUUUCUUACUAUUUGUCAAAUGAACCUAUGACUUUUUCAAAUAGAAAUAAUCAAAACUUAUGUUUGAAUUUGUUUUUUUAGUUGAAUGUUUGAAAAUUCCGUUCUGUCCUGAAAUUGCUAUAGUUUUAGACAGGAAAAUAAAUGAAUAUAAUGAAAAAUGUACUCCUUUUUCCCCAACGGGGAAGUAUGUUUGACACCAGCAUCUCUGUACAUGUAUUUUCCUCAAUUACAAGGACACACAUUAUAUUAUAUCUGUAUUAUUUAGAACAACAGACACUUAUGUGCCCAAGCUUUGUUAGACACAUUUUUUUACCACUAUUGUUGGUUAUUGAUUGUGCCAUGCACUAUCUUAGUGAAGGUUAACAUAGGGCUUUUUUUUUCAUGCUUUCAAGUUAUUAUUUGAGAACUUUUUGAAAUGAUUCACAGUAAAUUUUGUGCCGUCUGGAAACUUUGAAAAGAAAAACUUCUAUUGUACCUAACAGUGCACACUGAUUGGGCACCAAUGAUUUUUUACCUGUAUUGUUUAAAGCUCUGUAGAAAAUGCAAUUUUUUUCUCUCUCCUACAUGAUAUUAAUAUCAUCAAAAGUGUAGGUUCUAUUUUUCUGAAUAUUUCUUUGAAGUGAAUUUGCACAUAUAUGUUGAUAAUCUGCUGGCAAUGCUUCUUUCAUGACAUGAUUCCUAAAGUCAGUGGGUAAAGAUGUCUUUGUAUGUGCCUUUUAUGUAUAAAAUGUCUCUCAAGCCACUUUUGUUUUUUGCUAGAUGACAUCUAGAAGUCUCAGUUGCUUUUGAACAUUGCGAAAUGCCAAGUGAAAAGUAUUUCCCAUUAUUGCUGUAACAUUAUGCCUUGUAUAUUUUAUGAAGAAGAACAUUUAAAUCUCAUGACCUCUGCUUGACUUAUGUACAUGUGGAGGGGAAGCUGUAUGAAUUGACUCAUUUGCUUUCCAAUGAAUCACCUGGUUUGCUUUUUGUGAAGAUCAUAAUUGGGUUUGCAAAAUAAUAUUUACGAACCACAACUAUAGAGUGUUCAUUAUGCUUCUUGCCUCAUUUUUUGCGGGAGGGGGUUCAAAUUUUCUAACGGUAUUGAAACUUAGAGGCCAAUCAGUUUGCUACUACCAUCUGUGGAUAGCGCAACUCUGGUUUGAUUAGGUUUCUUAACUCAUUGCUUGAAGAGCUGCUAAGGUAGGUUUACUUCUGUCCUGUCUGAAGGAAAUUUAUUUGGAAAUACAGCAUCUUAAAUAGCCUAUCUUCUUACGUUGUAGUGAGAGUGUUUUAAACUCAAAAGAAAAUAAAAAAGCCCAGUUUCCUUCAUUUUGAGCUGUAGUGUGACUUAAGUGAUACCAAAUUAUUAGUUUGUAUAAAUUUAGCAUUCUAGAGUAAAAGUAAACGUGAAGUUGUUUUGAUUUUUAAAAACCUCUACGGGGAAAAUGAAGUAGUCCCUGUCAUCAAUUUUGAAAGAAAGUCUUUAUAGAGGACUUAUUUUUUUCAUAAGAUUCAAUGAGAAAGGGGAAAUUUGUUGUUAACCUGUAGAUAUUUAUAUAAAUGGUAUAUAUUUUCUUUUACCCAAUAAUUCUGUUUAUAUUGUAUAUACCAUAUUUCUUUAAUAUUGUUGAAUGCAGCUGAUAGGAAGUACCAUAUAUAACCUUACUUUUCGUUUUAUUUGCUACUUCUGUUUGACAUCUUGCCUUUUCCUUAUAUUUAACAACCACUAUUGCUGCAAUGUGUUUCAUUUUCAUUUCUUUUUUCCAUACAGAAAGCACAUAAGUAGGCAAAUAGGCUUUGUACCUUUUCUGUUUUGUUGAGUUAACCAGUUAGUAGCAUGGAAUGUUGAAAGUUUUUGAAAAGAGAAUGGAGGCCUUUACUGAAUUUGUUUCUUUUCGUCAUCACUUCUGAAAGACAUUUCCAGCUUCACUGAGGUAAAAAUUAACUGUCAUUUAUCAAAAGUGACAGGAAGGAUGCGAAAUAGUAUGACUUACUAAAGAUUUUUUAAAUUUAUUUUUUUAAAUUCUUUAUUGCUUUAAACGCAGAGGAGCAUCUAUUAUAUGAAUCCCUUUACAAUCUGUACUAGUGUAACAUAUGAUGGCUUUAUGGCUUAAUGCCAGGACCUUUUUGGAAGAUAAAGUAGUGAAUCUGUACUUAAUAUCAACAGUAUCUCUUUUUCUCUAUGGAAGAUUUUGUGUUUGCUUUGUCGAUUUAGCAGCAACCGAAGCAUAACCUAUUUGCUUCUGAGUACACUUUUUAAAUUAUACAUUAUUUUUUUCCCCUUUCAAGUUAUUUGCGAUAUAUAAUAUAUAUAUAUGCAAUAUGUGAUUAAUUUUGACAUUCUGUUAGCUGUUCAUUUCACCCUGGAUUAUUAUCGUCAUGUGUUCCAAUGCAUUUAGAUUUACAUAUGUAUACUGUAUGCGUAUUGACUCUGUCUGAGGUCGUAAUAAAGUCGCAUUGAAAUUACAGUAAAAGCUCUGACCUUGGAGACUGCUGGUUUGUCAGUAAUUAUGCCUCCUUGAAAGGUAACCUAUCAAAUGUAUGAACUACUGACUUGUAAGCAUUUUCCUCAAUAGUUCUAAGGGAUGCCCUUCUAUCGGCUGUUUGGGGAUACCUUGCAUUGUAUAAUUCACAAACAGGCUCGCUUGAUUAAAGUUUAUUUCUGUUUGCAGUUUUCUUGUACACUACCAUUGUUAUGAAGCAGUCUAACUUCAGUCGCAACCACUUGACUGAAGGAAAUAUAAUUGUGAUUUUAGGUUGUUUACGUUGGUGAAUGGCUUCAUAGCAAAAUAACCGUUCUCUUUGAUUUGUUCCAUUGUGUGCCUUCAUUUUGCUAUUCAAAAUAAUUUUCAUUGUCCCAUUGAACACUUUACCUUGUAUUUAAAAGUUGAGAUGGUGAAUUGUUAAGUGUUUUGUGUAAUUUAAUACUUUUGUAUUAAGUUUUCCUGGAAAAAAAUUGUUUCGUUUUUUGUUUUUUUGGCUAAGAGUUUUUCCUUUUUUCCCUCCUUCUUGUUUGUUUUUGUUUUUCUGUCUUUGACUUGAUAUGUUUUGACAUUUUGUUUCUGCCAGUUUGAUAUCAUCACAAUUUGCUCGUUAUCAUUGCUCAACUUGAAUGUUCCACCAAUUUCAAAUUUCCGUUGUGGAUUACAAUUUGAACCUGUAAAUGUGAGGAAUCUCUUCUGUGAUUUGCCUUCUCUAUUUCUUUCCAUUUAUGUUUCUUUAAAUUUCAACCACCCUGAUGAAAAAAAAGCCCUUUACUUUUACCUCUGA